GGGCUGGUGUCCCAAAAAAUCAUUCACUGCCCAGACUUCUAUCUCAAUUCAAGAGGCCCCGACUGGCUGCUCCUCAGGAGAUGUUAGGGCUACUGGCUGGACUGAUGUCUCUGGGACUCCUCACAGGCACUUCCUUAAUUGUCCUCUGCUGGACGAUGAACUUCUCUCAUUAGUGACCCAGAUGGAAUGGGAGGAGGAGGCCGGAUCCAAGCCCAAGGAGCAGCAGAUUACUUCAGACAGAUCGUCACCUCAGAGUCCCGCGGAGCCCAAGUCACCAACCAGGCCUACGUGGCUCCCACCUUCCUCAAGGGGGGCCUCAAACUCAUCGCUUGACAACGUGCUCUUUACCCCACCUCCGGCUGUCGGUCCUACGACGAUUGCUGACAGCCACUGAGCCACAGCGCUUUGGACAAUCCAGACUCCGCUCCUACCCACCAGCCCCCUUCAGCCUCUGGCUACCAAAUCGCAGUUCCAGCACUCUGGUUCCAUCGUGAUUCAGGAGCGCCACAACUUCCCUCACAGAAAAUUUCCAGAGCCCCUCACAAAAUCACUCCAGAUGGAAGAUGACAGCGCCAAGCCCGCGGCAGAAGCCACUCCCACAGCCCAGCAGAACAGAGUGUUCGGAAAGUCAACACAUGGUGCGAGAACCUUAAGCAGAAAGCACAGUAUAUUGUUUGCACUGAAGGAGCUGGUGUGGAGAGGAAAAACCGCUGAUACCGCUCAAAUGGAUCGCAUGGAACUGCGAAAAGUCAACAUCGAACUUGAUGAGGAGAGCAGUAGUGGAGAGAGCAUUCAAGACAGCUACACAGAGAUGGAAGAUUCAGAAAAGGUCACGAUUAGCAGCCAAUUUGCUAAUGAAGACACUGAGAGCCAAAAGUUCCUUACAAAUGGAUUCCUGGGGAAGAAGAAGUUGGAUAACUAUGACGAGGAAGACCACCCUGGAACCACAUCCUUUGGAAUGUCAUCAUUCAACCUCAGUAAUGCCAUCAUGGGCAGUGGAAUCCUAGGUCUGUCCUAUGCCAUGGCCAACACUGGAAUCAUCCUUUUUGUAAUCAUGCUGCUGGCUGUGGCAAUAUUAUCCCUCUAUUCAGUUCACCUCUUAUUGAAGACAGCAAAAGAAGGAGGCUCAUUAAUUUAUGAGAAAUUAGGAGAAAAGGCAUUUGGAUGGCCUGGAAAAAUUGCAGCUUUCAUUUCUAUCACAAUGCAAAAUAUUGGAGCCAUGUCAAGCUACCUCUUUAUUAUUAAAUAUGAACUCCCAGAAGUAAUCAGAGCAUUCAUGGGACUUGAAGAGAAUUCUGGAGAAUGGUACCUAAAUGGUAACUACCUCGUUAUAUUUGUGUCUCUUGGGAUUAUUCUUCCACUGUCUCUUCUAAAAAAUUUAGGUUACCUUGGUUAUACAAGUGGAUUUUCUCUAACCUGCAUGGUAUUUUUCGUCAGUGUGGUGAUUUAUAAGAAAUUCCAAAUACCCUGCCCUCUCCCCAUCCUGGAUCACGGAGCUGGAAAUUUUACAUGCAACAACACGGUUCAGAUGCACAUGGUGAUGUUACCCAACAACUCUGAGAGUCUCGGGGUGAAUUUCAUGAUGGAUUAUACCCACGGAAACUCCGCUGGCCUGGAUGAGAAUCAGGGCAAAGACCCCCUUCACGGAAGCGGUGUAGAAUACGAAGCCCACGGAGAGGACAAGUGUCAACCCAAGUACUUUGCAUUCAACUCCCGGACGGCCUAUGCGAUCCCUAUCCUAGCAUUUGCUUUCGUGUGCCACCCAGAGGUGCUCCCGAUCUACAGUGAACUUAAAGAUCGCUCCAGAAGGAAGAUGCAGGCGGUUUCCAAUCUCUCCAUCACUGGAAUGCUUAUCAUGUAUCUGCUUGCUGCUCUCUUUGGCUACCUGACCUUCUAUGGAGAAGUUGAAGAUGAAUUGCUUCACGCUUAUACCAAAGUAUACACCUUUGAUACACUGCUCCUCAUGGUCCGCCUGGCUGUGCUCGUGGCUGUCACCCUAACAGUGCCCAUCGUCCUCUUCCCUAUUCGAACAUCAGUGACAACAUUGUUAUUUCCCAAGAGACCUUUCAGUUGGAUAAGACAUUUCCUGAUUGCAGCAGUCAUUCUUGCACUUAAUAACGUCCUGGUCAUUCUUGUGCCAACUAUAAAAUACAUUUUUGGAUUCAUAGGUGCAUCUUCUGCUACACUGCUGAUUUUCAUUCUUCCGGCAGCUUUUUACCUUCGACUUGUCAAAAAAGAACCCCUUAGGUCUCCCCAGAAAAUUGGGGCUGUGGUUUUCCUGGUAGUUGGCAUUAUCUUCAUGAUCGGAAGCAUGGCCCUCAUUGUAAUUGACUGGAUCUACAAUCCUCCAAAUUCCAAGCAUCAUUAACUCAAGGAAAAGGAAAAGAACUUUUCCCCCCAUGGAAAUGGUAGCAGGAUGUGCUCCAAAGACUUUUUGUCAUUUCAAUGGGAACGUUAUCCAUGGAAAGUAACAAGAAGAUUCCAAAGACUUUCACUAGUAAUAUCGCAAGAAACCUGUGGAAUAUUAAACCAUUAUUUACACCAAGGAUGGUUGUUGACAUAUUAAAAGCCGGUGAUGAAGGUUCGCAGGUUUCAAUAGAGUAAUGUUUGUGUGGUAAAGAUGUGUUUGUGCUGCUACAAUAGCAGGAGAAGGGUAGCUGCCUUAUUACCAGCCAUCAAGAGAUAGCCUUUUUCCCCACUAUUUUGAUAGCAGUAAUUCUGAGAUGAUGAAAAAAUAAUACCCUGGUGGCCUUUUUUUUUUUUUAAAAAAAAGAAGUCAGCUGGUGCCUUUUUCUAACUGAAAUAUAUCAGCAUGGUUUAUGAUCUGCACUGUUGUACAAGAAAGGUCAGAAGCCUUAGUCUGAAAUGUCCAGUCAUGAUCUUUAAGGAAAUAUAAUCACCAUUCUAUUCGGCCUGUCGGUGAAGCUGAGUUUUUUAAGUCUGUUAAACCAAAAAGUCGAGUUUUUAAAGUCUGUAAUCUUCAGUCAACUGAUUGUCCGAGUUUUUGAGACCUUACUGAAUAAAGAGAGAGGCUUUACUUAUAUUACCAGUCUACCUGAGUAGGUGUUGUUUUAUAGCUAAAACUGCCUGUUCUGGAAACAUCUGGCUUGUAGACGUCAAAGUCCUCUUGUCGUACGUCUGAAUGAACUUUAUGUCAUUGAACAAGUACAAAUCUGCUCAUACACUUGUCUUCCAUUCUAACGCAAAGGGUUUUUAGGAGACCACAAAGCAUGUGGAAAUACACUAUCCAGUAUUGUUUGAUACAUUUUUAUUUGCUAAACAUUCAGUGCAGGAAACUGUGAUUUGCUAUAUAUUUAUAUAUAUAUAUAUAUAUAUAAUCCUUUUCUGUAGCUAUUGGAAGUUUAAUGUAUGAUGCAUUAUUUUUUAAAUUUUUUUUUACAUGUGUAGCUUUUGCGUGUUUUCAUAGUCACAAGACUUUAUACUAUUUUGGAAAAAAAAAUAAGAUUGGGGAGCUGAAAAAGUACAUUUGUAUAUAUCUGUCCAGUUAGAGAGCUUUACAUUUUAAAAUCCACAUUAUUCACUAAGUAAUAAUCCUCUAAAAUGUUUACAGUGCCAUAAUCGACCACUCAAAGUCCAGCCCUUAUGUUUUUUUCUCAAAAAAAAAAAAAGGGGGCAAUGUUUUCUGCUAUAAGAAGGUCUUUCCAUUCAGCAUUCCUAAAAUGGGAUCCUUUUUCAUUUGCAAAUAUUCACCAACACUGGUUCAACCAAAUAUAUGAAGUGCUUCACCAUGAAAAUAAAGCUGUUAAAAUUAAAACUGAAUAUCAAUUCUUCAUUUUUACCAUCUCUGAUGAUCAGUAGAGGAGAAUGUGAGCUUAUAGAGAAUACCCACUCUAUUUAGGGUCUGCUUUUUCACCUGAUUUUCGAAAGAGCGAAGAACAUCUACUGUACAAUUUUUAAUUGUAUUUUAGAAAAGUAGGACAGAGGUUUUAGUGAAAAUUAUUGUUAAAUAUCGAGAGAUCCAUUUUUUACUGUAAAGUAUUCUCUGAAGUUAAAGUCCUUUUAAGCUAUAUCUUUCAGGUACUACUUUCAAUACAAACCCAUAGAAUUUCCCAGAGACGACCCAUGUGUGAAGUGAGGAACUAUGGUUCAUUUCAUUUUGGAAGUGAAGUCUUACCGAGCAGCUAUUGCAACUUUGGGGUUAGCAUCUUGUUAAGACUACGGUACUCAAAGGAGCCUGCCCAUUUUUGUUUGCUGACUGUGAGCUCACUGUGGGCAGGGAUUGUCUCUCUUUAUUGCUGUAUUAUCCUUUCCCAAGUGCUAAAUUCAGUGCUCUGCACACAGUAAGCGCUCAAUAAAUGCCAUUGAAUGAAAAUAUAUCAAAAUUAGCUGAGGCAACAGAAGAGCCUUCAGGUGCUGAAAUUGGCCUUUGACCUACACUAAGUAAAACAAAUUUGAUCAAGACAUCAAACCAAAAAUAUGGGUACAGUCAGGUCUAGUGUUUUAUUUUACACUUGAAAUGAUGAACUCGGAAGAGUUAUAGUUGUAUAAAGUAGCAAUCCUCAAAUGCACUAAUUGAUUACAAAUAGUAAACUAUAUCAUUUUUGUCAUGGUCAAAUCAUUUUUCAUGUCAUGCAGAAUUGGAAUUAACACAUACUGCAGGACGGGAUGCAAUUAGUAUUACAUAUUGAUUAAUUUAACCCCAUUUGUAGAUCAGCUGAAAUUUUAUUUUGUUUCCAUUUGUAAGAUGGUUCGAUGUAUUGGGGUUUUUUUUACAACAGAAAAAUCUAUAUAUUGAUGCAUAUAAUAAAUGAACUUUUGAAAAGA